AUGAGAUUAUUCGUUAUUCCGUUAUUUGUAUUUAUCUAUCUAUCAUUAUUUCGUGGCAUCUUGUCAAAACACACAUACGAUGUAGAAUGCAUUGUAAACGAAAUUCGAGUUUAUUCAUGGAACGGUCAGUUUGAUAAUGGUGAUUGUUGGUAUUCUGGUCUCAAAUUUAUGAAUGGAGAUACGUGGGGUACAAAACCAUUUUGUCUAUGUGAAAAUGGACAAAUUCGUGUAUUCUAUACUCAGAUUAGCAAACCGGAUGAUUUAACAAUAUUACGACCUUCACCAAUAUACAAUCAAUAUCCACAAUAUAAUUUAUCUCCAACAUCUCAAGAUUUGGCAAAAUGGCCAAUACCUGAUUAUCGUCCAGGUCGUAGUAAACCACGAAAAAUUAUUUGUUCUCAAAAUAGAACCAAUAUUAGAGUACGUGCACGAAAUGGAUGUAUUGGAUGUCGAUGUUCAAAAAAUGGAAAUUGGCUCUGUCGAAUACCACCAAAAAAACGAAAGGCCACGCUAAAAAAGUUAACUUUAAAAGUGAACGAAUGUCGUGCACCAUCUUCCUAUUGUGUAUUAGCAGAACGUUUUACUGAGAAUGAACAAAUUAGUCGAUAUGUUGAGUUAGAAAAUGGUGAUACAUGGUACGAUCAGACAAAAUGUACUAACUGCACGUGUACAAGUGGUCGUUUUGUCUGCUCGUGGUCGACGGACUUAAGCUGUCCACGUGCUUGUCUAUUACAAAAAAUAAAACCUGUUUUUGUAACGUAUUAUUUUCCCAAUAGUUCAAAAUGGACGGCACCAUCCAAUGAACGAUGUCGCCAAUGUUAUUGUAUUAAUGGUCAACGAAAAUGUUAUUCAUGUGAUACAUAUUUAUCAAUAAAUAUUAAUACAGAUAAUCAACAGAACGAUGAAAAAGAUCGUCAAAAACAAUAUUACGCAUCACCAUAUAUUUUGCAACAACAAUCAACGGAUAAUAGGCGUAAUCAACAAUUUAAAACACAUUGUAUCAUUAAAAUAAGUGCAAAUAGUCACCGUCUAGUGCAAAAUAAACAACGAACAAUUGUUAACAAUAAGUGUUAUGAAUGUCAACAAGGUCUAGUGAAAAAAUGUUAA